AUGAAGUAUGUGAAAAAUGUAAACGAAUUGAUUGUAAUGCAAAAGUUUCAACAAAAUUUUAAAAAUUGGACAAGUGGUAACGAUAUUAUUGAUAAAUUUAUUCAAGAUACUCAACUAUCAGCUCAUUCUAACUAUGAAGCACCAAGAGCAUUAGAAUGGAUACCUUAUGAUAAAUUUGCUAAUAUUAAAUAUGUUGCAAAAGGCGGAUUUGGUAAAGUGUAUAAAGCAAAUUGGAUUGAUGGAUGUAUGGAUAAUAAAUGGAAUAUUAAAAAUCAAAAUUGGAGAAGAAUACGUCAAAAUAUGUUUGUGGCGCUGAAAAGUUUAAAUAAUUCGAAAGACGUUACAUCAGAAUUUAUGAAUGAGAUUAUGUCACAUCAUAAAAUAAGAGAUCCUUUUUCCAUUAUUAAAUUUUAUGGUAUAACUCAAGAUCCAAAAACCAAAGAUUACAUGAUGGUUUUGGAUUAUGCAAAAGAUGGAAAUUUACGAGAUGUCCUACCAGAUACAAGCGCAAGCGGAUGGGAAUAUAAACUUUAUUACUUUUACUGUAUUUCAUUGGGACUUGAACACAUUCAUGAUAUGGGUUUAAUUCAUAGAGAUUUACAUACUGGCAAUAUACUAGUAGGUCAUCUUGUUUAUAUAACUGAUUUGGGAUUAUGCAAACCCGCAAAUUAUAAAAAGUCAAAAAAAAAUGCAAAGACAUACGGUAUUAUACCUUAUAUGGCUCCUGAAAUUUUAAGAAGACAAGAUUAUACGAAAGCUGCUGACAUAUAUAGUUUUGGUAUAAUUAUGUAUGAAAUAAUUUCAGGAUUACGCCCAUAUCACAAUGUAUGCCAUGACGAAAAUUUAACAAUACAAAUUUGUAAUGGACUUAGACCAAGAUUUAAUAUUAAAGUACCUCAAUUAAUUGUGGAUUUAAUUAAAAGAUGCUUAGAUGCAGAUCCAUCAAAUCGACCAAUGAUGGAAGAAAUUAGAAAAAUUACUUGUCAUUGGUUGUAUGAAUAUAUACAUACUUUUGAUAAACCAACAGAAUUUCAAAAGCAGAUGAAAGAAGUAGAAGAAACCAAUAAAUUAUCAGCCGGUAGCAUACCUUCAACUAGUGAAAUACAUCCGGGAGCUAUUUAUACCAGUAGAUUACUUAAUUUUAAUAAUCUUCCUGAACCAAAAAAUUCCGAUGAUUAUUAUAAUAACUAUGAUAAUAUAUCAAACAUGGAAUAUUCAGAUAAUCCGGAUAGAAACCGGAAACCGGAUUGGAUUUACAAAUGA